AUGCCUGGUUGGCGCCCGGAAGACGUUCGCGAUCUCGUGUCAGCCCGAUCCGGCGGUGGUGGUGUCUGGGAAUGCAGCGGCACCUUGAUCGCCUUGGGAAACGGUCGCGAACUAGCCCACGUCGAGGGAAUCGAAGAAGUGCUUCUGGAAAAGCGCUUUCAGAACACCACCGACGCCGAGUCCAAGCAAUCCGUCAUUCAUCUCACAUCCUCGACGGGAGGCCGUCUUCGAGCUCCGAAUGCCCUCACGCAUGCGGCCACACUGCUUGUGCGAUCCUCUCUCUUCUACACGGGCCUUGUUGCCCCGCACAAGAAGAUGAACGAGUUCCGGUAUCGACCGACCACGCCUGCCCGGAGAGUAGACGCCAUCCUAUCGCCGCCCGCCCGCGUUGUCGUUGCACGCGAUGACGCCGGGGGGCUGGUGCUCACGCGAAAGAGAGCUGGCCAUCCAGAUGUGGCUACCGUCAUAGACACGGCGCCGAGACGCGUGAGAAGACAACUGGCGGCGGCGUGGACGUACGUAGGGCGCAGGGCCGCGCAGAAGAACACGGGGCUCACGACGCCGGCUGUGGUAGAACGCUGUGAUUAUACUGUGACCAAGGAGGGCGGGACGUGGGCGUGGACAAGGGUGGGCAGGUGCCCGGCGUGGUAUGGGCGGGGUCAGUGUGUCACGUACCUGAGCGCGAGGAGACUGGACGGAGGGUGGAGGGACGUGGAUGAUCGCGUUAAGGAGUGGAUGAGGGUGGAGGGGAGGACAGGACCGUUCUGUCAGGACGACGUGGAGGCGGCGGCGGUGACGAAUCUGGUCGAGUCGGCAGAAAAGAAGACGAGGCGCAAGUUUUUGGGACUGUUUUGA